AUUACAACUUUCAUGUAGAAUUGCUUAAGGAGUCUUGAAUUCCUUUCCACUGAUACCUCAAUCAUAAAACAGGUAUAACUCUUUUAAGCCUAGGAUAGAACUUUGUUGUUUUUGGCCAAAGGCCAUCGCAGAAUUCCCCAAGCAAGAAGAUUUACAGACAAAAAUGCUGUAGACAGGACAAAGUUUGGAAAUAUAUUUAGAGUAUGAGACUGUAAUAUGUCACUCUAUUGUUUUAACUAUUUUGAGUUUUUUAAGCACCAGGGUCAAAAAUAAAAAAUCUAAAUGUUACAUAUAUGUCUGUGUUGAAACAACAGAUGAUUUACUUUUGCUGAAAAUAUUCUUAAAAUAGUAAUAAUUAUAAGGCUGUUAUGACCAUGCCAAAGAUAUAGAACAAAACAAAAGUUAUCAGGGAAUGGAAGGUGCUGUGGCUCAAGAACAUCACAAACACAAGUUCACUGUAAGUCAAGUCUGACAUCUGCUUUUGGUCAUGGCCUUGUGCCUGUUAUGGAAGCAGAUUAUUAUAAAGGCUGGUCUGAGACAAGGAAAGUAACAUUAAAUUUAGCGAUCACCAUACAUAGUCCUAUACUAGUAAGCCUGUCAAGAGUGUUUGCAUAAAAAAAAAAUCAGGUGUUAGCUUGCUCAAUAACAGAUCUGUGAAUGUACUUAAAUAGGCUCAAAGUUGAAGCAUUCUUUGGCACCCAUAAGCCUGGACCUAACAAUUUUUUGGCCAAAAAUGAUCCCAUUUUGAUAGCUGAUUUUUAGGAAGAGCUUUUAGGAUUGGGGUAGGUAGUUUAGAUCUUUGAUAAAGAUCAUAUGUCCAUAAGCUCUAACUGAGAGAAGUCCAAUUUCUGCCUGGAUAAGAACUGGAAUAUUAGGAAGCAAACAGAAAUUUAUUUAGGGAAUUGAAUUGUAAGGCUUUUAGAUUUACAUUGAUAACCUCUACUAUGAAACAUGUUUUAGAAGGAAAUAAUCAGUGGCCAUUUUUGGCCAUAUUUUAAUGUGUUUUUUAUAGUUGGAAUAGCUGAUUUUUUUAUUUCUACUAUCUCUGAGUAAAGUGCAUACAUGAAAUCCUAGCUCUUCCAAAAAGAGACAUUUACUAGGCACCCUACAAAACUAUCAACUAGAACAUUCUGUAACUGUUAAGUGAAGCUGUUAAGAGCAUGGGCUUUCAAAUCAGACAGACCUGUUUGAGCUCUGCCGUUUAAUUGCUAUGUGAUCUUAAACCAGUUAUUUACCCUGUAAGCUUUAUCUGUAAAAUGGUAUGGUUAUUGUGAUGAUUAAAUGAGAUAGCAAAUGCUAAUCAAGGUGCUCAGUGCUCAUUUACUAUUAGUUAUUAUUAUUAGGACAUAGAUUUUGAAGUCCAUCCAUUUAGGAACAAAGGUAUAUUCCAUAAAGCAAGAACUACUGAUAAUAUGCUGUCCUUUGUAAGAAAGAUAAGUGUUUAAAUUAAAUCUUUGUUAUCAGCAGAGCUUGCUCUUUGGCAUGUUUUUCUUGUGGGAAUUGAUGGGUUUGAGUUGAUCCAUCCCCACCCCCACAACCAAAAGCGUGUAUUUUGAGACAGCUGGCAAGGGUUAAGGGUGUCCUCUGGGGCAUGGAACAGAUGUUAUGUUAUAUUUCCUUCUCUCUCUCUCGGUAAUGAAAACAGGAGAUACAGGGACACUGUGGAAGCCUUUUUAGAACUGAUUUUGUUCCAUUGAUUUCUUUGCUUAUUUCUCUAUUGUUUGAUUUGGUAUAUUGUUAUAUUUUGUUUUUUUAAACAGCUUUAUUGAGGUAUAAUUGACAUACAAUAAGCUGCAUAUAGUUAAUGUGUACAAAUCGAUGUUUUGAUAUAUGUAUUCCCCCAUGAAACCAUUGCUACAAUCAAGAUAACGAACAUAUCCAUCACCCCACAAAUUUUCUUUGUGCCCUUUUGUAACUCCUUUACCUAACCUUCCCCACUCCUCCCUACCCCCUACUCCCAAACCACUAAUCCACUAUAGAUUAGCUUAUAUUUUCUGGAAUUUUAUUUAAGUGGAAUCAUACAGUAUAUACCUUUUUUUUGGCCUAGUUCUUUCACUCAGCAUAAUUAUCUUGAGAUUCAUCCAUGUUGUUAUUGUAUUCAGAGUUCAUUCCUUUUGUUACUGAGUAGUAGUUCCAUUUGUAUGUAUGUACCACGGUUUAUCUGUUCAUCUGUUGAUGAACAUUUUCAUUGUUUCCAGUUUUUAGACUAUUACAAAUAAAGCUACUAUGAACAUUCAUGUACAAGGCUUUGUAUGGACAUAUGCUUUCAUUUCUUUUGGAUAAAUACCUAGGAAUGGAAUGGCUAUAUUAUACGGCCCAACACAGAGAUACUUUCAUUGAAGAACGCUAUGGAAAAUAUAACAUCAGUGACCCUUUGAUGGCUCUACAGAGAGACUUUGAAACACUGAAGGAGAAGAAUGAUGGCGAAAAGCAGCCGGUCUGCACAAACCCACUCUCCAUUCUUAAGGUGGUGAUGAAGCAGUGCAAGAACAUGCAGGAGCGCAUGCUGUCCCAGCUGGCUGCUGCUGAGAGCAGGCACCGGAAGGUGAUCCUAGACCUUGAGGAAGAAAGGCAAAGGCAUGCACAGGACACAGCUGAAGGAGAUGAUGUCACCUACAUGCUGGAGAAGGAGAGAGAGCGGCUGACUCAACAGUUGGAAUUUGAAAAGUCCCAAGUGAAAAAGUUUGAAAAAGAGCAGAAGAAGCUCUCCAGUCAGCUGGAAGAGGAGCGCUCUCGCCACAAGCAGCUCUCGUCCAUGUUGGUGCUCGAGUGCAAGAAAGCCACCAGCAAGGCAGCCGAGGAGGGGCAGAAGGCAGGAGAGCUGAGCCUGAAAUUGGAGAAGGAGAAGAGCCGUGUGAGUAAACUAGAGGAAGAGCUGGUAGCUGAGAGGAAGCGAGGCUUGCAGACCGAGGCCCAGGUGGAGAAGCAGUUGUCUGAGUUUGACAUCGAAAGAGAACAACUGAGAGCAAAACUCAACCGAGAAGAGAACCGGACCAAAACUCUGAAAGAAGAAAUGGAAAGUUUGAAGAAAAUAGUAAAGGAUCUCGAGGCUUCUCACCAGCAUAGUAGCCCUAGUGAGCAACUGAAGAAACCGGUGACUAUGUCUAAAGGCACAGCGACUGAGCCUCCCACGCUAGUGUCUGUAUUUUGCCAAACAGAGAGUUUUCAGGCAGAAAGAAGCCAUGGGAACAACAUAGCCAAGGUGGCAACCACUGGGCUGCCUGGUCCCACCACUCCUACUUACUGUUAUGCAAAAACCAAUGGCCAUUUUGACCCAGAGAUACAAACUACCAAGGAGUUGAUUACAGGCAGCAGUGUAGAAAACCAAGUGCCUCCACGAGAGAAAUCUGUGGGAUUGGCCCAAGAGAAAGCAGUGGAGAAUGGUGGGUGUCCUAUGGGAAUCGAGACUCCAGUCCCAAUGCCUAGUCACCUCCCUUCCGGUGGGAGCUCACUGUCUCCCAGCAGCACUGCCUCCUCCUCUCUCACAUCCUCUCCUUGCUCUUCACCAGUACUAACUAAGCGCUUAUUGGGGUCCUCAGCUAGCAGCCCCGGCUAUCAGUCAUCCUACCAAGUAGGGAUCAACCAGCGGUUCCAUGCUGCUCGGCACAAAUUUCAGUCCCAAGCAGAUCAGGAUCAACAAGCCAGUGGUCUACAGAGUCCUCCAUCCAGGGAUCUGUCCCCUACCCUCAUGGACAACUCUGCCGCUAAGCAGCUGGCCCGGAAUACAGUCACUCAGGUGCUCUCCAGAUUCACUAGCCAGCAAGGGCCAGUCAAGCCUGUCUCUCCCAACAGCUCUCCCUUUGGCACAGACUAUCGAAAUCUGGCCAACACUGCCAACCCAAGAAGUGACACCAGCCAUUCACCUACUCCAGGGAAAGUGUCCAGUCCUCUGAGCCCCCUGUCUCCAGGGAUCAAGUCCCCUACCAUCCCCAGAGCUGAGAGAGGAAACCCUCCACCCAUCCCACCUAAAAAACCUGGUCUCACUCCUUCUCCAUCCACUACCACUCCACUAACCAAAACUCAUUCCCAGGCAUCUUCUUUGCCCACCACAGAAGAGCUUGCCAGCAGCUGCUCUUCUAAUGCUGUCGUAGCCAAUGGCAAGGACGUCGAGAUAUUCUUGCCUACCAGCAGCUAGUCCCUACGAGGCAGCCUCCACAUUUGACAUUCCAUCAGAUUUCGUCCAAGAGCUCAGAGUCAAACCGUUGAGUCAGAUGAUGUUAUUUAUUUUGAUAGUAGCUGAAACCAUCUGUAUAAUGCAUUUAGUGUAUUUCACCUUUUUGUAUUUUUUAAGUAGAAACUGAGUAGUUUGGAUUUUUAUGCCUCACAUCUUUGUACUAAAGCUAGAAGGGCACCUCAAAGACACCUCAAGCUCAGCAGUCACCAUCACGUUGUGACGGAGAAAGCUAAUUGAGUACCAGGCGGUGACUUGCUGUCUAUUUUGGGACUAGAAUCACUCAACACUCAUUUUGAAUUAUGCAGAAGUGGUUCAUGCAGAUUUUUAUUCCAGUUGAACAUGUUUAAAAAGUGCCUGAAAUAAGACUGCCAUAUGAAUGUGAUUCUGCAGUGAAAACACAAAAUGGAUUAUUUAAUUGCAGAAAAUGAGAUCCUCUGUGAAUUCUGAAUGUUAAAAACUAACACUGCUUUUAAUCCUCUUUUACUGAUUUUAAUACAAGCUUUGUGUUCAGAAACAAGGCUGCAUACGUAGAAUGGGAAUCCCAAAGGUGGGGAUAAACUCACCACAGAGCUGAGCUUUACAGGGUCCUUGAGAAACCCUCCUGAGCAUUAAGCAGUUGGGAAAGAAAAGCAGCUGCUUUUCUUGUACUUUUGAAAAAUUAAGUCACUCCCAGUUUCCUGCAUAAAUUCUUGAAUAGAAUGAAAUCACAUCUCCAUUCAAAAAAUGUCUUCAGGCAUCUACUGUUGUGUAAGGAACUUCUGAUUCCUAUUGCUAUUACUUGAAUACGAAAUGGUUACUCAUUCUGUAUAAAAGUUUUGCAACAGAAUGAGAUCUUUAUUAUGUAAUCAAAAAGCAAUAACUUAAAAUUCACUCUCUUUGUAAUAUUAUAAGUCAGAAUUAUACAGGUUUUACUAAAUUGUCACACUUACUCUCCAAGCUGCCACCACUUGGUGUCUGUAUCUGUGGAACCAAAUUAACUUUUGCCUAAAUGGAAGUACACAUAUAUCUGUAUAGACACACCCCUUUACGUGUUUAACAUACACACACUUAAACACAUAAAUAUUAGUGUGAUUAUAUCUUUGGAGUUUGCAAUAUAGCAUAAAGGACGAGUAGAAAUGCACAUUAAGAUUACCUACCAAAGCAACUAGAUGUGGCUGGGACCUAAUCAGUCAAUGAAGAAAUGUUGUCCACAGGGAGGUGGGGAAAUUCCAAAUGAAGUCAGGUCUUCAGCAUCAUAAAAAGGCAGAGCCAAACUAACCCCAGUGUCACAGAACUCAGCUGGUCAUAUGUGAAAUAAGUCACUCAAUCAAGUGGCGUAAGACAGCUGGGGGUAGUGGAGCUGGAGCAAACUGAAGUGCCCAAGCUCCAUUUAGAAGGGCCACCGCUGGGCGGCUCCGGGGGCUUGUUGCCAUGCAGUAAUGCUAGACCAGGGUUACCAGCUCCUCAAAUUUUUAUGAAAUCCAAAUUUUCAUGAGAAAUAUUCUCAUUUUUAAAUAUCAAAACUGAUUCAAAAUUUUAAACACUUCUGCAGCUGGAUUUAGCUCACAAGCUGCCAAGUUGCAACCUCUCAUUCUAGAAACUUCUGUCAUUUCCAUCAUAGUGAGUUUGUGAGGACAAAAGCCUCCACUCUUUCCAACUGGUAGGCUAGUACAGCCGACAAAGUCCGUAGAAUACAAUAACUAUACCCCUGUUCCAAACAAGACUCUGCAACCCAGCUCAGACAUGGUGGUUAUAUGACAUUGUGUCCACAGGGAUGGAGAGGCCUUGGUGUCCUCACAUACAUUCUCCUAGCCAACAUCUAUCCAGCAGCCCCUGACCUCCUGCUAUAAUUAAAAUCUGUUUCAUCUUAAUCUGAUCAGAAUUGAUAAGAGAAAGGCAGGUGAUGGAAAUCACUGUGUAAAUCACCAUGGAGUAUAUUGGCGUCUCCACAGGUUAUGGUUUGAUUAAGGCCAAUACAUCAAAAAUUAAACUACUACUAAUGCCCCAGGGUGUCUACCAAAUGAUGAAGGGGGUAUCUUAUAAACUGCCCAAAGCAAUCAUGCAUUAAACUUUAUUCCCAUGCAUAGCCAAAUGAACAGUGUUGAUAAAAUAGCUGAACUUUCUAAACAGGAGAGGGGGCUCUAGUCCCAGAGCAUUAUUACCUCUCUUGCUUUAAAUGGUAAUCUUAAAAGUUGCAUUGUGCUCUUUCUUUGUUUUGGCAUAGAUAUAUAUAGAGAGAGAUACUAUAAGGAAGUUUAUUUCUUAGGAAGUGCACUGAAUAAUGUAUUUCUUUUACAGUGUAAUAUGGGGGUGGGGAAAUGCAAAAGAAAUGUGUAUUUUUGCUAGUUGCCUAUCUUCUGAGAUAAAUAAGCACAAUACUGCAAUGGAUCCAAUAAUCCAGUUAGGUAGUAUAGAUUAGUAUUUAAGUUUGCUGUAGAUUGUGUGUGUGCUAAGUAAAAGUUCCAUGAUUCACAAUUUUGGUAUUAACCCAUGUUGCGAAAGCUGUGUUACUGGUCAACAGAUUAUAAUGAUGUGCAACACAUAACACAAGCAUUAACUAGUCAUUAACAUUUGUAAAGCCAAAUGUACCAUGCAGAAGUCUUCAUCCAUUUUUAUAGCAGACUACAUUAAAACAAGUUGUCAUACCGUU